AUGCCUUGGAGUCAGAAGAGUAAGCUCCGUGCCCAUGAGAAACGCUGCCAGUCCCAAGAAAAGCCCGAGGAUCUGGCAGGUACCAAGGCCACUGUGGGAGUGGGAGAAGAGUUCUGCUCCACUUCCUCUACUCUUUCCAAGGGUAUUUCACAAAGCUCACUUAUUGCUGGGUCAUGUUGUAAUCCACAGGUUCUUCAGAGAGCCACAGCUGUUUCACACACUGAGCCCACCAACAGAGACCCUCCAGAUGAGAUGGUGGUUUUAUCAGUGUACUACCUGUUGUACAAGUAUCAAAUAAAAGAGCCCAUUACCAAGGCAGAUAUGCUAAGAAAUGUAAUCCAGAUGUACAGGAAUCACUUCCAUGAGAUUCUUAAAAGAGCUUCUGAACACAUGGAGCUAGUCUUUGGCCUUGACCUGAAGUAAAUGGAUCCCUACUGGCACAUCUAUGUCCUUGUCAACAAACUGGAACCAAGCUAUGAUGAGAAGCUGAGUGAUGACAGAAAGGUUCCCAAGACCGGUCUGCUGAUGAACAUCCUGGGUGUGAUCUUCACGAAGGGCAACUGCGCCACUGAGGAGCAAGUCUGGGAAGUGCUGAAUAUGAUGGGUGUAUAUGCUGGGAGGAAGAACUUCAUCUAUGGGGAGCCAAGGAAGCUCAUCACUGAAGAUUUGGUGCAGGAAAAUUACCUGGAGUACUGCCAGGUGCCCGAGAGUGAUCCUCCCCGCUAUGAGUUCCUGUGGGGUCCAAGAGCCCACGCUGAAACCAGCAAGAUGAAAGUGCUGGAGUUUGUGGCCAAGAUCAAUGAUACAGUCCCCACAGCCUUCCCAUCCUGGUAUGAAGAGGCUGUGACAGUUGAGGAAGAGAGACCUCGAGCCAGAGAAGCAACCAAGGUUCAUACCACUGCCAUGGCCAGUGCACGCUCCAGGGCCAGAAGUUCCUUCUGCCCCAAUAAAGUCAGGCCGAUUCUUCACUUUGUCAUUAAUAAAAAGUCCACAUUCUCAUUAGUGGAAGGUCAAGGUGGGGCUGGAGACAACAGAGUGUAUAAUAUAUUUGUGUUCUUAUUCGAUGUGUUAACCUAG